AUGUAUAGUAAUUACGCAACGGUAGUGGGAACGUCAAAUUUCAUCAGAUGCAUCGCAAAUGAAGUUGGUGUACACUGGACUGAGCCAACACUACAGUGUACACCAGACCCAAGGAUAACCACAACACGUCCAACAACAACAAAAGUAAAAGUUUGUCUGCCAGGAGCUGCAAGAUUCUCCAGCAGCGAUAACAGCUGUCAAUGUCCAGAGAUUCCUCAGAGAAAUUUAACUAAACCCCCACAGCAAGGCUGUUUUAAAAUUGGUAGCCAUUUUUUCUACAAAUGUAUAGAUGGUUACGCAAGGGUAGCGGGAACAUCAAAUUUCAUCACCUGCAUCGCAAAAGAAGUUGGUGUACACUGGACUGAGCCAACACUACAGUGUACACCAGACCCAAGGAUAACCACAACACGUCCAACAACAACAAAAGUAAAAGCAGCAACUUUCACCACCAAGAUGAUGCAGAAUGUAAGCACUUUGCCAUCAGUGCCUGGAGAAAGGGACAACAUAGAAACAUACACACAUGGUAAACAGCACAAAGUCACACCGUGCUUGAACACGGAACCGUCUAAAGCAGCAACGCUGGCAUCCAUCUCUGUCACUGUUUUACUGGUGAUUCUCUGCUCUUUGGGUAUCAUCUUCUUACUGUAUCAAAGGAAGUCAAAAAAGCACAUCCCACUGCAGACGCCAGAUGAAGUGAAGCCCAUGAAUCCUGCCCCAUCUGAAGUGGACUUGUAGAUAAUGUAGUACCCUAUGGCUUUCCCACUGACUCUUACCCUCACAUAGAACUGGACUCUGGUCAGAUGGUGUUUGUCACAACCUGAUAACCCAUUUCAUCUUCCAUCAACACCAUCCCCAAAUCAUCAUGGCUAUCUUGCUAUGUUUUUUGUUGUUUAUAUAGCCUAAGAAAGAAGCUUAAUCUUAAACAAAAAGACUACUCAGUUUUUCUGUCCUAGCAGCAGUUUGCUUCUCUCAUGUCAUAAAAAAAAACAUAAUUAA